GCCGCCGCCUCCCCGCCGCCGCAGCACUACGGCCGCCUGCCCGGCACCAUCUGGAGCUACACCCAGGUGCGCCGCACCGGCGGCGGCGGCCUGGAGACCCUGCAGGGGCCCGGCGUCUCCUGGGUCCACCCGGACGGCGUUGGGGUGCAGAUCGACACCAUCACCCCCGAGAUCCGGGCCCUCUACAACGUGCUGGCCAAAGUCAAGCGGGAGAGGGACGAGUACAAGCGAAAAUGGGAGGAGGAACUGGCAAAGAGAAUGAGUCUGGAGUCUAUGGUGGAAACCCUGCAAGAGGAGGCUCAAGAAGCUGAAGCUGUCCAGGAAGAGUUAAAUGAAAAGAUUGAGCGGCUGAAAGCAGAGCUUGUUGUCUUUAAGGGUCUGAUGAGUGAUCCCAUGACAGACCUGGAUACAAAGAUCCAAGAAAAGGCCAUGAAGGUGGACAUGGACAUCUGCCGUCGAAUCGAUAUUACAGCUAAGCUGUGCGAUGUAGCACAGCAGCGCAACUCUGAAGACGUUUCCAAGAUAUUCCAGGUGGCUUCGAAAAAGAAAGAACGCAAGCUAACAUCUGACGAAGACCUGUCUGAGCAGGAUGGAGACAACAGCAGAUUAUCAGAUGACGAAGUCAGCUGUUCUCUGAACAUUACAGAUGAAAUGAAGCGAAUGUUUAAUCAGCUGCGUGAGACAUUUGAUUUUGAUGAUGACUGUGACAGUUUAACAUGGGAGGAGAAUGAAGACACCCUGCUUCUCUGGGAAGACUUCACAAACUGCAAUCCUUCAAUUGACCUGCAAGGAGAACAGGAGGAGAAUCUGGGAAACUUGAUCCAUGAAACAGAAUCUUUCUUCAAAACGAGAGACCAAGAAUAUCAGGAAACAAUAGGACAGAUCGAGCUGGAGCUAGCCACAGCCAAGAGUGACAUGAAUCGCCACCUCCAUGAAUACAUGGAAAUGUGCAGCAUGAAGAGGGGCCUGGAUGUACAGAUGGAAACUUGUCGUAGACUUAUCAAAGGCUCGGCUGACAGAAAUUCUCCAUCCCCCAGCUCUGUAGCCAGCAGUGACUCAGGAAACACAGACGAGAUUCAAGAUGAGUUUGACAGAGAGGCGGACGUGGAGCCUAUGGUCAGCUGAUACAUAAUCAGAGCAUUCCAGUGAAAGGGAAAAUACAGAAAGGGGAAAAAAAAAAGGUGGAAAAAAUAGAAAACUGACCGAACAGACUAAAAGGCCCUGGCACAGGGUGUUCCUGAGGACUCAUUCCGAUACGCGUCCCCACCCCACCUGAGGAUUGGUGCUGUAUAUUUCUACUGUUCUACCAGUUACAAAUGCAGAAUUCUGUAAGAAAACAUGGUGUUUUAAUGGUGCCUUUGCCCCAAGCUGAGCCACUUUGACUCUAAUGGAAUAUUAAUAGCAAGUGUUGUUUUUUAUAAGAAAAAAAAAAAAAAAAGGGGGGGGGUGGGAAAUCUGGCUGCAGCAGAGAAUGGUGCUGCAAAUGUUUAGGUGUUUCAGUAGGCUUAUGACUUACUGAAGGGCUGCACUGUUUGGCAGAGGGAACACUGUGGCAAAAUGAGCAUGGACCGCAACACAAUUACAAUCUGACGACCAUAGUUCUCUGGC